ACAACAAAAUUUUGGUGAGAACCAGUGUGGUCGAUAAUGGGAGAGUAUUGUCAGUGGACUUGAGUGCAAACGAUCCGUGUCUGGGCUCCGCAUUCGUGAUCACUUUGAAAAAGGGGGAGAAAAUUGUGCUGGAGAAACCGAUCACAAGUCGGACGGAGCGUAUCGCGAAUGAUACUUUGGUUUGUGCCUCGUGUGACUUGAUUGUGUCGCUCCCUGACAACAUCCGACUUCCCGUGGAAUCAUCUGACCCGGUGGUUGUUUGGUUUGGGGAGAACAACAAAAUUUUGGUGAGAACCAGUGUGGUCGAUAAUGGGAGAGUAUUGUCAGUGGACUUGAGUGCAAACGAUCCGUGUCUGGGCUCCGCAUUCGUGAUCACUUUGAAAAAGGGGGAGAAAAUUGUGCUGGAGAAACCGAUCACAAGUCGGACGGAGCGUAUCGCGAAUGAUACUUUGGUUUGUGCCUCGUGUGACUUGAUUGUGUCGCUCCCUGACAACAUCCGACUUCCCGUGGAAUCAUCUGACCCGGUGGUUGUUUGGUUUGGGGAGAGUAAGUGUGAUGUGCAUUCGAGUUAUCUGAUUGGACAACGGUCUGUUUGA